AUGGGUAUACGGGAACAGGAAGUUGCAUUUUUAGGUCUGAAGCGCAGGGUGCAACCCGUUGAUGUUGAUGGACUGCCAGGUCCAAACAUGUUUGAUUUAUUCGCUCUAUCGGCGUGGUCGAGCGUGGGUGGCGACCCCAUCCUCGUUCGCAAGGCGGGCGCCGGCAAGGGUCGUUCGCCAACACCGACACCCAAUCGCGAUGGUGGGGUAACGGCAACGGGUGGAGUUGGGGGUGGUGCUGGUGCUGGUGCAGCGGCACCCACAGCAACUGGAGGCAACACUGGCGUCGGCAGAUCCACACUACAUGCCAACAAAACGAUACUGAAAACGGUAUCCGUGUUCCUUGCCAGCGGCAAGCGCAACUCGAGCAACCAACAGUCGAAGGCCGCCGCGGCUGCUUUGCAGAACAAACGGCAACAGCGGCAACGGAGGAUGGAUGAGCUGAGCGGCAAAGUGAAUCCCAAGCUGCUGGACAGCCUGCGCAAGAAGACGCGCUUCACCAAGGACGAACUGGAUGCCUUGUGCCGGAUCUAUCGCAAACUGGUCUCCAAUUGUCAGUAUGCGGCCAAAACCCUGGCCUCCAGCUCCUCGAGUGCAGCAAUUGCCAAGCCACAUGCCGCUGUGGAGGGCAUCGACCGCAUUGUUUUCCGGGAGCUGUUGCACAGCACCUUCGACAUCGUCACCGAGGAAAUCCUAAUGGAGCGCAUCUUCUGCAGCUGGGACAAGGCCCAUGAGGGAUUGCCCCUUCGUCUCGAGGGCUGGCUAAUUGGUCUAUCCACUUUUCUACGCGGCACGCCGGCGGAACGGGCCGCCUUUUGUUUUCGGGUUUACGACCUGAACACUGAUGGCUUCAUAACCAAGGACGAAAUGUUCACGCUGCUGAGGAACUGCCUGAUAAAACAGCCACAGGACGAAGAUCCCGACGAGGGCGUCAAAGAUCUUGUGGAGAUUGUGCUCAAGAAGUUCGACCUGGACAAAGAUGGCAAGGUAUCCCUGGAGGACUUCAUGGGCACCGUCACAGCCGAACCGUUGUUAAUCGAGGCCUUUGGUCAGUGUCUUCCCACGGACAGCGCCGUAGUUUCCUUCUUCUCUACACUGCAAGUGUGAUCUGCAUCUGCUUCCUGAUAUCUUCGAAAUUGUUAAAGCUA